ACCAACAUGACCAUUGAUGAAGUUUCACAAGUGGAAUACGCUUGCGGAUGGAACUUGUACACAAUGAAAUUUAUGGGGAUUUGGCCAGAGGAAAGAAGGUUCGAUCAAAUUUCGAGCUACAAAGUGUUAAUAGGAAUUAGCUUCAUCAUCUUAUUCUGCAUUAUACCUCAAUACAUGCUACUCUAUUUCGACCGAUGUGAUUUCGACUUGGUUAUGGAAAAUCUAUCUUUGGACACCAUAAAUGAAACGAUCUCAUUCAUAAAGAUGAUAUUCUUCUGGUCUAGCGGUGGACAAAUAAAGGAUCUUCUCCGCGCAAUGGAGGAAGAUUGGAAGGAAGUAUCUACGAAGGAAGAUGAAAAAAAAAUGAUGGAAUACGCGAAAUUUAGUAGGAACCUAUCUACGAGAGCAGCAGCUAUCUGUUAUGCUCUUAUCCUUGUUUAUACCGUCAAGCGAUGUCUAUCGAUGCUUACCGACGGUCGUCUUUUAUUUUUCCCUGCAUAUUUUCCAAUUGAGACUAUGACUAGUCCAAUAUUUGAAUUAAAGUUCAUCGGUCAAAUGAUAGGUGCAAUUUACUAUACAGUAACGUAUACGGCAGUAGAUACUUUCUUAGCCAUGUUGAUCCUUCACGUGUGUGGACAACUUUGGAGGCUACGAAAUGAUCUGAUCAAUCUGAAUUCCGCUACGAGAGAAGAAUUUCAGAUCAAAUUAAGUUACAUCAUAAAAAGGCACGAUUAUUUAAACAGAUUCAUCGAUACGAUAGAAAAUCGAUUCAAUAUAAUGCUCCUAUUUCAAAUACUCGGCUGUACCGUGCAACUCUGUAUGGAAUGUUUUCAAGGACUUUUGUUAAUGGCCGAUGAAGGGGAACAGAAGCCCUUAGUAGAGAUGUUCUUCUUCGCUUUUUACAUCUUUUACGUUCUUCUUCAACUGUAUCUCUACUGCUACAUCGGUGAAAAACUUUGGUCCGAGAGUACCGAACUUGCUUAUGCAGCUUACGAAUGUAUAUGGUAUGAUUUACUACCGAACGAGGCCAGAUCCCUGAUAUUGAUAAUACGUCGAGCACGAACACCAUUGCGUCUGACAGCAGGCAAAUUUUGUAUUUUCAAUCAUGAACUUUACAGCAGCGUUUUGAAGACGUCAAUGGGCUAUCUAUCUGUUUUACGCGCAACAAUGAUAAAUGAUGAACAAUGAUAUUUUCCAUUUAAUUCACAAAUAAUUAUAUUAUCAUAGAAUCGAAUAUAUUCGAGUAAAAAAAAUCGAGAUCA